GACGGCCAAGGCCCGGGACCCGGCGGGCGGGCUCGCGCGCAGCCUCUUGGGAGUUGUAGUUCGAUCCGCUCGCGCCGUCGCUGCUGUGGGCUCGGCGCCGGCCUUUGUCUGUCUGCGGGCGCGCGCCGCUGCGGUGUUCAAGAAUAGCCCAUGGAAGAAUCAUAUGAAGAAGUGGUGAUCAUACAGCAGGCGUGGACAUGUUUGGAUUUCCAACAGCUACCCUGCUGGACUGUCAUGGAAGAUAUGCGCAGAAUGUAGCAUUUUUCAAUGUGAUGACAGAAGCCCACCACAAAUAUGAUCACUCUGAGGCCACAGGAUCCUCAAGCUGGGAUUUCCAGAAUUCUUUCAGAAGAGAGAAGCUGGAACAAAAAUCCCCAGAUUCUAAGACACUACAGGAAGAUUCACCUGGAGUGAGACAGAGGGUCUAUGAGUGUCAGGAAUGUGGAAAAUCCUUCAGGCAAAAGGGCAGUCUAACCUUGCAUGAGAGAAUCCACACUGGUCAAAAGCCCUUUGAGUGUACCCAUUGUGGAAAAAGCUUCAGGGCCAAAGGCAAUCUUGUUACACAUCAGCGAAUACACACAGGAGAGAAGCCCUAUCAGUGCAAGGAGUGUGGGAAAAGCUUUAGUCAACGAGGUAGUCUGGCUGUUCAUGAAAGACUCCAUACUGGACAGAAACCCUAUGAGUGUGCUAUUUGUCAGAGAAGCUUCAGGAAUCAAAGUAACCUUGCUGUUCAUAGAAGAGUUCACAGUGGUGAAAAGCCCUAUAGAUGUGAUCAGUGUGGAAAAGCCUUCAGUCAGAAAGGAAGCUUAAUUGUUCACAUCAGAGUCCACACAGGCCUGAAACCCUAUGCCUGCACACAGUGCAGGAAGAGUUUCCACACCAGGGGCAACUGUAUCCUGCAUGGCAAAAUCCACACAGGAGAGACACCCUAUCUGUGUGGCCAGUGUGGGAAAAGCUUCACUCAGAGAGGGAGUCUGGCUGUGCACCAGCGAAGCUGCUCACAAAGACUCACCCUUUGACCACCCUCUUCAAAGGAAGUUCUCUUUAUGAAUUAAAAGUUAAAAAACCCUCAGAUCAAGCAACCUAUCCAAUUCUAUGGAAUGAAUGGAGACUCUUUCAGAAAGACCAUCACUGGGUAGGGAAAACUGACUUUUCUCCUUUCCCCCAAAUGCGUAUGAAAAAUAAAUGUCUUGUUUAUUAUCAUUAUCA